UCCUCCUAAUCCUUCCUUUGAGGUAUGUUUCCUGUGUGUGUUGUUUUUUUAGGAGGAAACUCAAAAGUUUUCAUUUUGAGAAGGCGUGUAAAAAAGAAACACACAUCAAAACCAAACCAAAGCAGAAGACGUACGUUGUCUUGACGGUGAUGCCGGUGUGCGGAAGGGAGUGCCGGUGGCAGUGCCCUCAGUAGCAGACACCACGGCGCGGGAAGUCAAGCCAACAGUCUGCAGAGUCGUCAUCUACCUACAGAGGGGCAUGUCUGGGGAGUCCUGCCUGACCGAGCUGUGCCCGUCGCUGCCAGGGCCGACCCUCCCGGGGGGGAGGCCCAAGACCUGCAGCUACAAAGGGAGCCCCAACAACAAUUACGUGCGUCUGAACGUAGGGGGCGCUCUCUACUUCACCACUGUGCAGGUGCUGACCCGGCAGGACACCAUGCUCAAAGCCAUGUUCAGUGGCAGGAUGGAGGUGCUCACUGAUAAGGAAGGCUGGAUCCUGAUAGACCGCAGUGGGAAGCAUUUUGGCUCUAUUCUGAACUACCUGCGAGACGCCACCAUCACAUUACCCAAGAGCCAGCAGGAGAUCAGAGAGCUGAUGGCAGAGGCCAAGUAUUACCUCAUUCAGGGGCUGGUGCAGAUCUGCCAGACAGCACUGCAGGAAAAGAAGGACUUGUAUGAGCCAGUCUGCACCAUUCCGAUUGUCACCUCUUUGAAGGAGGAGGAGAAGCUGAUUGAGGCGUGUACCAAGCCGGUUGUGAAGCUGCUGUACAACAGAAGCAACAACAAGUAUUCCUACACCAGUAACUCCGACGACCACCUGCUGAAGAACAUCGAGCUGUUUGACAAGCUGUCCCUGCGCUUCAAUGGACGAGUCCUCUUCAUCAAGGACGUGCUCGGGGACGAGAUCUGCUGCUGGUCCUUCUACGGGCAGGGCCGCAAGCUGGCAGAGGUGUGCUGCACCUCCAUCGUCUACGCCACGGAGAAGAAACAGACCAAGGUGGAGUUUCCAGAGGCUCGGAUCUACGAGGAGACCCUCAACGUGCUUCUGUAUGAAACCCCCAGGGUCCCUGACAACUCCCUGCUGGAGGCCACAAGCCGGGGGUCCCACCGGGGGUCUCACAGCGAGGAUGAGGAGGGCACAGAGCUGCGGGACCGUGUGCGACGCAUCCACAUCAAGAGAUACAGCACUUACGAUGAUCGGCAGCUGGGACACCAGCCAGGCUACAGGGACUAACCCCACUGCUCAGCCCAGAGACAGGGGCUCUCUUACAGGCUCUCUUUAAGUGAUUGUCCCGUUUCUGGUUGUCCACUUUCAGGGCUGUCUGUUACAUGCAAUCAGUGUUGGACAGUUUGGUUGCUAGGUGUUUUGCUGUGCAGUAGGUGUGCUUGGGUUUCAUCCCAGCUCAACAAACUCAACCACUAGUGGAUGAGCUGGGGUUCAAGCCCAGGGUCUGGUGGAUGAGCUUGGGUUCAAACCCAGGGUCCUCUUCAUAGCUUCAGGGACUUCAUCCUUCCCACACAUCGCUUUUACUUUAUAACUUAAUUUAACUUGUACAGUGUGUUCUGUAGAGAAAUACAACCCACCUUGUUUUAAGAGACUAACUCCAACUAACCAGAAACUUCUCUUUUUAAUAAAUAGAUAGAUCCGGUUUAUUCUAAGUGGAAUACACAAGUUUUGCAAUCUGGAAUAUAUUGUCAGGGUGUGUAGAUAACCCUGAGUGCCUGUGAACACAGAUGACACUACCUGAUAUUUAGAGAGAGCUUAAACUCAGCUUGCCUAUUUAACCCUUUCAUUACUGUUUUACAUUGUUAUGAAAACGAUAUUUAUUAUGUGUCCAAAACUACUUUUUUUUAUAGUUAUUUUCAGUAUUUUAUGCUUGAAGAUGGUUGCUGUGACACAGCCAACCCCCCCCCCCCUCAUCUCUAGCAAUGGACCAACUAGCCUUUCAGCCAGCCUUCUGUAGCCUCCCCUGCACUGUUACCAGAGGGAUCAGGUCUUGAAUCUAAAGUGAACUGAGCUCCACAGCCUGAAAGGGCAUCAAUACUGAAGAUGAGGGUAGGUAUGUGAACAGAGACCACUCUGAGGAAGAGCUCUGACACUGUGGUGUGUGUCCAGGGCCCUUAGAUCAGUCUGCUCUACAUUCGUUUUUUUAAAGUGCGUUUUAGUAUUUAGGACCAUUGUUAGAUUCUCUUUUUCUAUGCUUCAGUUUCGGAUUGUUGUAAAAAAAACAAACAAAAAAAACAAAAAAAAAGUAUUUUAAAUGUGUUUAUUUAUAUCAUACCAAUAAUAUUAAACAAUACGACCACUUUGCAUUCUAAGUGGAGAGCACGCUGCUCUGGUUUCUGUAAAUAGAAAACGAGCGGGUCAGUGAAUCUCUGUAGACUAACUGACUGGCAGGAUGUUCUUCAUGAUCCUAACACUACACCAGUUCCAUGACUUAUCAGCGUGACUGGGGCCAAGUUUAAGACUCCCAGUGUAUAGCAGUUUAAUCCAUUCCACGUUUUACUAUUGUCUUUGUGAUCUGCGAGUUUAUAGUACACAAUAUCAAAUUGUGCAUGCGUUUUAUUUAUCUGGGAAAACAACCCAGUGAAACGAAGCAUGUUGUGAGGUGGUGUAGGCAGACCAGUUUCACUGGUGGCUAACGUGCGAGCAGCCUUGUGUUGUAGCUUCCAGAACCCCUGUUGCCAGCCAAACAAGUAACCUUUAAAAGUGGAAACUCCUCAAAGCUGUGUGCAAAAACACAAUAGGUUUUAUUCAAAUCAAGUUUACUUACUUUUACUCUGAUUUAAGACAUUAAGUGAAGUAUCUGUCCACUUGACUGCUGCCCUUUGAGGAUAGAUAUGGGUUCUCAUUUCCCAUUUAAUCUGCUGCAGGAGGAGGUGUAUUGAUGAAUCAAGACUCCAGUCACUAUCUCAACACUAUUCAGUCUCACCACAACACACAGAAGAAUGUUACUAGUUAUUAUCUGUGGUGAUGUGUAUUUUAAUUAACCAAUCUAAUGAAAAGUGAAUGAUUUAUGAGUUAAUGCUUUAUAUAUACCGCUAACACACACACAAAAUGAUGUGCCUGUGAAAUAUAUGCUGUGUUUCCAAUGUGUUGAUUUCUGUUUGCCUGUUUUUUGUUAACCAUUUCUUGUUGUGAUUUUUAAGUACUAAAAGAGUUUGACAUGGAAUAAUCCAA